CAUUUGGGUGAGUAAUUAAUGACAGAAUUUAAAUUUUUGGGUGAACAAAUCAUUUAAUGUUGAGACGCUCACAUGUCAGUAUAUCCAAUAACUAAUGAAUACAUAAUAAAUCCAAGAAUAAAUCUUUAACUAGAAAAUAAUAUAACAUUUAUUAAAGAAAUAUAGCCUAUAAAUAAAUACAUUACGUUUAAAUACAUAAAAUACAACUUAAUAGAGAAAAUCAUAUUCAGAAAUGGCUUCGUGUAAGUGUUUUCUUUAGAUUUUGAACUACAUAUUUUUUCCGCCUGUUUUGUUCAAUAAAAGUAUUAAUGAGGUGAAAAGACUGUAUGUGACUGUAGUAUCUUCAUUGCGCCUUUUCGCAGAAAUAAAUCUCUAUUUUGCAUCCGCCGCUCGCGUGUCUUUUACUUUGGUGAGCGUUUCCUACCGGAAACACGUCACGCCCCGAAUGAGCAGCAGGACCCCGAGAAGCAGCAAUGGUGGAUUGUGUUUUUCUCCAUGGUAAUGUAACUGCAGAGAGCUUUGAUAGCGAGAUGAGCUCCGCGGGGAUGUUCCAGACGCAGAUCUCCGCGAUCAUGAAGGCGGCCGCGGUGGAGAUCAGUCAGUUGCUGGAGGAAGAGGCUGCAGCUCUUCAUCAGGAGAUCCGGAGGAGGAACCAGGAGAUCCAGGGACUGAAGACUGAACUACUGAGAGUCACUGCAGAGAGAUGCUCUGUCGGCGUACAGGUGGAGCUCAUGGACACGAGUGUAACCGCUCAUUCGCGGGAAGCUCAGACUGAUCAUCGCAGCCAGGAAAAGGUCGUUGUGAAGAAUCUCUCAGAGGAGAAACCUCACUUUACACAUGCGGCGGAUGUGAAUGCACAACUUUUGAAACAAGAAGAGUCUGUACCGCCGCUGAAGGAACCGGAGGAAGAGGAGCUCAGCGGACUGGAGUUUGAGAUGAAGAUCGAACAGGUGGAAGAACUUGUGGAUCAGACACUGGGUCAAGUUCAGGAAAAGCAGAAGUGUAAAGGACAAAACCACUGCCAUGACGGAAACUCUCGUUUAUGGUGUUCCAGGAAAGUGUUUGACCAUCCGGAAAAUCUUGUGGAGUCGGAACAACAUUCCCAGAGUUUUACAGAUCCAUAUGGGAUGGAGGAUCCCACGACCACGUCAACUCAGUCCGGUUUAAUGGCUGUUCUGCAGAACGAGAGCUUUGGCGUUGCAGACAUUGAGUAUGACUUGAAUCUUCAGGAUUCCCAUAGACACUCUCCCACAACGAGCUCUUCUGACUCGACGCCGUUCAACACACUCCCAUCCUCACAUUCAAGCUCGUGUUUGCCCAAAACACUCCCACAGAGUCUGAAUGCCGGCAAGCACACAGAACCCAAACCCUUCCGAUGUGACGAGUGCGGGAAAGGCUUCCCCCAGAGGGGGCGGCUCGUACAACACAAACUAGUGCACUCGAAAGAAAAACCCUUCAGGUGCGAGGAGUGCGGGAUACGCUUCACACAGAAGAAUCGGCUUUUAACACACAAAAAACAAGUGCACACAAACGAAAGACCCUUUAGAUGUGACGAGUGCGGGAAAGGCUUCCCACAGAGGGCUCGGCUGUUGACACACAAAAAACGAGUGCACACAAACGAAAGACCCUUCCGAUGCGAGGAGUGCGGGAAAGGGUUCGUACUCAGGGGGCGGCUGUUAACACACAAACUAGUGCACUCGAAAGAAAAACCCUUCAGAUGUGAGGAGUGCGGGAGAAGCUUCACAGAAAGGAAGCGGCUGUUAACACACAAACUAGUGCACACGGGCGAGAAACCCUUCUGCUGUCAGGUGUGCGGCAAUACCUUCUCCAGACAGGACAGCUGUCUCAGACACAUGCGCUUGCACAGAAGACCGAGAUGAUGAAUGGGGACACAACCACUCAAAUACCAUUUCAAGAGCUAAAAAGUACCGAGUAGGUACUGCUAUCGGAUAAAACCCAACCGAUACCCAACCCUACUGAUGAGUGUCACCUGUGCGACGCGUCGGUCUCGUAUCUCUCAGGGAGGAGCAGAAGCAUAAAAGGAGGAGCGACGACAGUGAAGGAAGAGAGAGGACAGGCCUGCAUUUAUGUUUCUGUUUCAUCAUGUGGGGCAGGCAGUGGUCCGUGAGGAGCUGCCAUCUCCAUCUUUUUUGUAUUUGUUUAUUUUAUUAUUAAAGUGUGUGUUAAACGUU